AAGAAAGAAGGAAAGAAGAAGAACUCCUACUACAUACUUCUACACUAAAUAGUACAUAUCAGUAAUAUGCGAUAUGCUACUGAACAGUAUGAAUCUUAGAUUUAGUUUGUAGAUUGUCCAGGUUGCUGGCAGCUCGCUGCACAAAUUCAGAAUGAAAAAAGUGACAAUUCAGCCAGGAUUCAAAUAUAAGCAUCUCGACAUAAUAUCUAGUACGCACGCUUUCUUAUGCAUAUGCUAACUAGUUGUGGUGGCUCAGCGCUGAAUUUGAACGUUGUGAUACAGUAGCAUCUGAUCUGUUUACUACUACACACGGCUGAUCCUUAUAGCACACGUGUGCUUUCCGAUUGCAUAAAUCUGUCCAUUGCAAUAGGAAGAUGCUGCGGAAUCGGAGAGCAGUAGCCCCUAAAGAGUAUAAGGAACCGACUACAGACGAUGACUGCAGAGAGAGCGAGGAGGAGGAAUCGGAGGAACCGGAGGAAUGGCAGCCAGAGGAGAAAACCAGAGGAAGAGGAAGGCGGAAGAAAGAAGAGACAAGUGACAAGAAAGCAGUUACUAAACGAGCAGCCAAACCUAAAGAGCCAAAACCAAAGGUUGAGAGGAAGCCUAGAGCUCCAAGGUGUAUUAAGGCCAAGAAGAGUGUCGAGAAAGCAGAAGAGGAAACCCCUCAGGAUGAAACAGUGCCACAAGUACGGGUUAAGGAAGAGAGGCAGUCCAUCAGCAUGGACAAAGCGUUUAGUGCAAAUGCUAUUGGGCAUGAAGAGCCAUCAUCCAGUGCACAGCUCCAUACGGUGAAAAAGGAGGAACCUGUGGAUGACUUUACCUUCGAUGAGCCUGUGAGGAAAAAGCAGAAGACCACCAGUGCACCUCAGGGCAAAGCCGUCAAUCACAAGUAUGCGCAUACUUUACGGGAUGAACUGCAGAUGGUCUGGGACCCGAUUCAGGUUUUAACUGAGAAAACUGGAGUGGAGCAGUGGGUUUGUGGUAACAUUGCGCAGCUCCUGCGGGACGAGAACACCCUUCCGUUUAUUGUCCGCUAUAGGAAAGAGCUGAUCAACCAUCUGGAUGCGGACACUGUGAGGGACGUGCAACUCGCUUUGGAGGAACUCUGCGCCGUCGCAAAGAAAUGCCAGUCCAUCAUCCAAACACUGAAGAAAGACGGCUGUUUGACCUCUGAACUUGAGCAAACUCUGAAGGACUGCAAAAGUGCUGAUGAACUGGAGCAUGUGUAUGCACCAUAUAAGAAGGGCAGCAAGUUGUCAAAGGCAAGACGAGCCAAGCAGCUUGGUCUAGAGACUGGAGCCCAGGCUCUUCUACAGUCACCACAAACACUUGAUCUGCACUCAUAUAUUCAGCCGAACACUCAAGGUUUGUCCAGUCUUGAGGAGGUUGCCACAGGUGUCGAGCAAAUUCUAGCCGAUAUGAUUGCUAAAGACAGCGAGACACUGGCCUACAUCCGAUCGCUGUGUGAUAGGAGUGACGUGACAAUCCAAUCUACGGUGUCUAAAACGGCGCUUAAAGAGCAGCAGCAGGCCGAUCAGAAGAGCAAACCGAAAGACAUUUCUAAAUUCAGCUUGUACAGUUCAUUUCGUUGUAGUGUGCAGCGAAUCCAGCAUCACCAGACGCUGGCCAUUAACCGAGGGGAGAAUCUGAAGAUACUGUCAGUGAAAGUUAACAUCCCCGAUUGGGUGAAGGCUGAUUUCUGUAGGUGGUGUGUUAACGUCAGGUGGAGGCCACAGGGGUUUGCACGUCCAGAACUGAUGAAAAUUUUAAACAGUGCUGUUGAGGACUCCUACAAGCGACUUCUAAUGCCUUUGCUCAGCAGGGGGUACAGGACCAAACUGACCACCAGCGCUGAGAAGGAGUCCGUCGCUAUGUUUGUGCGUAAUCUCCGGCAGCGUCUGUUGGUGUGCCCUGUGCGUGGGCGUGUCCUUAUGGGUGUCGAUCCUGGAUAUCGCCAUGGUUGCAAACUGGCAAUCCUUUCACCCACCAGUCAGAUCCUGCACACAGACGUGGUGUAUCUUCAUGGCUCAGGCAGGAAUAGAGAGGCUAGCAAACUGCGCCACCUCAUGCUUGAACAUAGCUGCCAGACUGUUGUCAUAGGAAAUGGAACAGCAUGCAGAGAGACGGAGUCGUUCUUUGCUGAUCUCAUCAAAAGUGGCUUUUUUAAGCCGUUGGAUGUGUCCUAUUGUAUUACUGAUGAAGCUGGGGCAUCCAUCUACAGUGUCAGUCCAGUGGCAGUAAAGGAAAUGCCAGAUCUAGAUCCCAACCUGAGAAGUGCAGUGUCGAUCGGAAGACGUGUUCAGGACCCUUUGGCUGAGCUGGUCAAGAUCGACCCUAAACACAUCGGCAUUGGUACUUACCAGCACGACGUGUCACAGACCUUGCUGAGGACUGCACUGGAUGGUGUGGUGCAGGAGUGUGUGAGCUUCGUGGGAGUGGACAUCAACAUCUGCUCCGAGACGUUGAUGAGACAUGUUGCAGGUCUGAAUGCAGGUCGGGCACGAAGCAUAGUGGAGUGGAGAGAAAAGAACGGGCCUUUUUUCAACCGAGAGCAACUGAAGCUGGUCAAAGGCCUGGGCCCAAAGAGCUUUCAGCAGUGUGCUGGUUUCAUCCGAAUCAACCCAGAGACUGCUCACAGUCUAGGCUCAGGUGAAACCUCAAGCUCAGCAACUGCCAUGAAGUCAACAGCGAAGAAGAGCAAAGGCAUCUGUAACACACCUAAUCCUCUGGACCAAACGUGCAUCCAUCCUGAGUCAUACAGCUUUGCAAUGAGGUUUUUGUCUCAGCUUGGUGGUAGUUUGGAUCAGCUGGGUUGUGCUGAGCUCCAGCAGCGAGUUAAGAGCACUACUAUGAACACUGGUCUGGAGAGUUUGGCCCAGUCUCUCAACACCUGCCCUGAAACUUUGCAGCUCAUCGUGGAUGGUCUCACUCAGCCGCCUGGCUUUGACAUUCGUCAGGACUUUGAGCAAGCAGUCUUUAAGCGAAGUAUUGUUUCCAUGAAUGAUCUCCAUGAGGGCACCGUGCUCACAGGGCGUGUGGAAAACACUGCUUUGUUUGGGGCAUUCGUCGAUAUCGGAGUGGGCCGAUCGGGCCUCAUCCCAAAGCGCUACAUCACUCAAGACAAACUCCCUGAGGACAAGAGAAGACGAAGUCUAGCUAUAGGACCAGGAGAGCGAGUUGAAGUCCGGGUUAUAAAUGUGGAUCCUCAGAGGAACCGGAUCACCUUAGACCUAAUUAGGGUUCUUCGAUAGAUUUCUCCAGAGCCAAGUAAACAUUUGGCAAGCAACAAUUCCGAAAGAUGUCUGGUCCUACCCUAGUAAUUAAAGCAAAUUUGAAUUAAAUAAUUUAAAAAAAAAUUGUGUUUAUGUUCAUUAUAUAUUCUAUUGAUUUAUUCAAUAAUUGUGCAGUAUAAUGUUCUUGAGCAAGCAUAAUUAAAGGGUUUUCUGUGUA